AUGAGUGAGAACAAGGAGGAGAAUCAGCAGCAGGAAGGUCCUGAGAAAGUGGAACUGCAGGAGACUUUUUUGAGCAGAACUGAAGGGAAUUUUUCCCAGGGCUUGGAGCAGGGAAAUGCCUGGGGAGAUCGACACAGAUCAGAGUUGCAGCUGGGAAACGAUCCUGGGAAGAAACUGGAUGAAUCCACUGAACGUGACAGAGGAUGGAAGGAUCCCAAGGAAACCACAGUCCUGCAGAUAAGACACAAUGAAGAGAAACCUUACAAGUGCCUUGACUAUGGGAAAAGAUUUAAUUUCAGUGCAAACCUUCUUACACAUCAGAGAACCCACACAGGAGAGAAGCCUUAUAAAUGCUUGGACUCUGGAAAAAUCUUAAUUCAGAAAUCACAACUUAUUAUACACCAGAGAGUGCACACAGGAGAGAGACCUUUUAAAUGCUCUGAGUGUGGGAACAGUUUUAGUCAGAGUGCAACGCUUAUUACACAUCAGCGAACCCACACAGGAGAGAGACCAUAUAAAUGCCUUGAGUGUGGGAAAGGUUUUAGUCAGAGUGCAACACUUAUUGCACAUGAGAGAACACACACUGGAGAGAGACCCUAUGAAUGCCAUGAGUGUGGGAAAAGUUUUAGUCAGAGCUCAGCCCUUUUAACUCAUGAGAGAACCCACACAGGAGAGAGACCCUAUAAAUGCCUUGAGUGUGGGAAAGGUUUUAUUGCAAGUUCAGCCCUUACUAAUCAUAGGAGAAUCCACACAGGAGAAAAACCCUAUAAAUGCCCUGAGUGUGGGACAAGUUUCAAUUUGAAAUCAACCCUUACUACACAUCAGAAAACCCACACAGGAGAGAAACCGCAUGAAUGCUUGGACUGUGGGAAAGCUUUCCGUUUCAAAUCAAACCUUAAAGCACAUGAGAAAACUCACACAGGAGAGAAACCCUAUAAAUGCUUGGACUGUGGGAAAACUUUCUGUCUGCGCUCAUACCUUAUUAAACAUGGGAGAAUCCACACAGGAGAGAGACCUUAUAAAUGCCUUGAGUGUGCGGAAAGCUUCAGUAGGAGCUCAGCGCUUACCAGUCAUCAGAGAAUACACAAGCGUGAGAUACCCCAGAAAUAGCUUGACUACAGGAAAAGGUUCAAUUUUACUUCACACAUCAGUGAUCCACACAACAAAGACACCUUGAAUAUGGGGGAAGGUUCAUUUGGGGUCAGGCAUCCUCAAAUCGGCAUAGGGAAGAAACCGCUGAGGUGUUCUCAAUGUAGAAAAUGCUCCAAGUGGAGCUAACACUAUACUGGACAUCAGAGACUCCUCUGCACAACAGAGAAAUUCUCUCAGGGCCCUGACUGGGGCCGGCCAUGGUGACAUACCCAUUUCUUCCUUCCCACACACAUCAGGGGCAUUUGGCUCCCAAGGAUCCAGCUGCCCAUCGCUGGGGUGAGGAUCCAGCAGCAGCCGAGCAUCAGCUGAUCAGUGCCCCACUGACUCCCUGGUCUAAGCAAACCCCAGGCAAAGGAGGAGAAGCCCCCGUCAGCCCCUCCUCCCUGCUGCAGCCCUGGCUGCUGAGCUGAUGGGCCAGAGGUGGGGGAAGGGAGAGAGAGAAACUCCUCCAGCUGCUCCCUCUGCCUGGCUGAAGUUCCCCCCUCUCCCUUCCCCUCCCAGCCGGGAUCCCCCUGCCAUGGAGAUGAGGAGAAGGACACUUGGGCCAGGCCCCACCUUCACUCU